GCUACCGAUUGAACAGACAUCUCUUAAAAUGAAAUUCUUGGUGAUUACUCUUUUUGUGUACGUUGCUGCCGCCUCCGCAGCAUCUUUAAAGCCCUACACUGCUUUCAACUCCGGAGCGAAGGCUUAUGCUGAAGUGAACAUCCCAGCACGCAAGGUCGUUGCUGCGCCUGUGGUACAAGCUUCGUCGUACAGUAAAUCUAGCAACGCGGGAAAUGAUGUGGAAGCUACGAUUAUUAGUUCCCAAUCCGAAGUUAACCCUGAUGGCUAUAACUAUCAAUACGAAACAUCGAAUGGGAUCUCUGCUUCCUCCUCCGGUAGUGUGAAGAAUGUUGAGAAUGUCGAUGCUUUGGUUGUGCAAGGCAGUUACCAGUAUAAUUCUCCCGAUGGCCCCGUUGAGGUCAGCUAUGUAGCUGAUGAGAAUGGAUUCCAGCCUCAGGGCGCUCACUUGCCUGUGGCUCCACCUGUGCCUGAGGCUAUCUUGCGUGCCAUCGAAUACAUCCAAGCUCACCCACCCAAAGAAGAGGUCGUAAAGAAGUUCUAAAUUUAUCAUCUGUACUAGGAAUUUACACCUACAACAUUUUAUUCAAAGGCCAAUAGGUCACGAUGCGCGUAGAUAAACGGAUUCCGAAUAUAAGCAAGCUUGUUAAGUAUGUAUUAUUGUGUGUUAUAAAGUAAUGUUGUAUGAAAUGUAAAUAAACACGUUGUACUGCCC